CCUGUUUGGUAGCGCCUGGACGUUCACUCCCCUGCAGCAGGUGCCUACAAGCUCCUAAAAUCAAGCUUUCAAAUGCAGAGGAUGCGGGCAGGCAUCUACUGCCCGGGCUAUCUCAGCCGCACAUUCGACCGAUGUGAUCUUGUAGGGCAAUAGUACCCCUCUGGAUGCACGCCAGUCCACACAAUUUCUCACCGCUUCACCGACAGUUCGGCGGUUACUGUUGAGGUCACAGCACAAGGCAUCUCCUACCACUCACUAGGCAGCCGUUAGCGCCUCGCCUCGGGGACUAACCGGACCAUCCUGUCAGGUGCUAGAAGCGGGCAUAUAUAAAUACAUCUUUUUCCCGCCUUUCUUCUCACGACAGUAACUCGCACUCAAGCCCGAGGGAGAGCAUCAUUAGAUCGUCACCUCCUUAACGCCUUACACUUCAUCCUCCCCAGCUCACGUAAACAAAAAACAACUUCAGUUCCAUUGUCGACGCCAUGACGGAAUCACUACCCAUUCGCGACUACCCUGGUAUGGGCCUUAAACUGCGAUACUGGUCCCCGCGCAACGGGACUCGAAUUCAGGACCAGCCAGUAUAUCCCAUUGGCGCACAUACAGAAUCAUGCUCCCUGAAAUCCACUCUCGUCUACGUCCGCGAGGCUGCCAUGAUGAUCGUGAUGGAAGCACUUACGGAUAAGCCAGAAUGGCACAAGAAAGUGUUUGACGACGUGAUUGUGGCCAAGUGGCGCAAAGAGGCGCUUGCCAUUCCAGACCGGUUUUUCUGGGACCAGAUCACGUCGUUCAAGACACAGGAUCCCACGGACGAGAACGGGGAGAACUCGGCGCCGAGAUUGCAGCCCGUCGGAAUCAUGUCCGAAAAGGCGUUCGACUGGUGCGUUGGGGAGCUCCGAGCCAAGGCUCGCCAUUUCGAGGAAACCGGCAUCGUGGUUACACUCGACCUCGGAGCCUCGGUUGCCAAGUCUGACAUGCUCGUCACCCCUGAGCUUCAUGCCGAGCUGCAGGCUUCCUUUGCGAAGCUCAAGGCUGACCAGGCAUCGGCACCGGACUGGCACCCCAAGACUGACGAGAAGGUUCAGAAUCUGGUGCACCCUUCGAUGUAUCCGCUAGUCUACGGCAGGACUCGCGUGCUCAGGCAGGAGGUUGUUGGUGUGGCCGACGCCAUCGACCUCUGGGCUGGCAAGGGUGAUAUCCUGCCCAAGGGUGCUGUAGCUGCGGCGGCGAACCCGUAUUUCUCCAGUAUGCCAGACGAUUUCUGGUCGGACACGUUCCAGUGGCUCCCAAGUAACGUCGCCUUCCAUGACGACGGCGGCGUCAGAUUCACCAGCUACAUCAACAAUCUUCACCCACAGAAAUAUCCUCAUAUCUACAGGGCACUCGAGCAACUCAUCGCAACGUCCAUUCCCCUGUGGGAACAGUGCCUCACUGUGGAUACAUUUCGCCGGGAGAUCGAUGGGCCCGGGCGACGCUCGGCGCGUAUCCCUAUGCAGGACGAGGAACGGUGGGAUCCUGCCAAUAUGGAAGAAUGUGCCGACAUGGAAGUUGACCCCAGCCUACUGGCUGCUGAUGAGUAUGAGUGGAAGCCCGAGAUUGAGCGAAAGUGGAGGAUUUUGCGAAAGGCUGUCCACCCAGAGCCUGAAAGCCAGGAGGAGGAUGGCCGGUCGUACCAGGUACCCCCGGAAUGCCGACUUGCUACCAAGUUCAAAGACUCGGGGCUCCAGGUCAUUGUCAAGAUGGCAUCCAUUGAACUCACUCCGGAUAAGCCGGUAUUCCCGGCUGGCAGUUGGCACAUCGAGGGACAAAUGAAUGAGUGCAUCUGCGCCACGGCUCUGUACUAUCUGGACAGCGAGAACAUCACCCCCAGCCAUCUUGCGUUCCGCAUGGAAACUGAGCCCGAGGACGACAUUCCCUAUGAGCAAGGCGAGUUCGAUUGGCAUGAGCAGGUUUACGGGACCUAUGUGAAUGACGGUUCGGACUCGAGCUGUCUCCAGAAUUAUGGCUCCGUCGAGACUAAACAGGGCCGGCUGCUGGCAUUCCCCAAUGUUCUCCAGCAUCGAGUCUCAUCCUUCCGAUUGGCCGACCCUACCAAGCCAGGGCACCGACGCUUUGUCGCUCUGUGGCUCGUGGACCCUCAUAGACGCAUUAUCUCGACGGCAAACGUGCCUCCGCAGCAACGGUCUUGGUGGGCCGAGGCAGUCCUCGGCGUAUCCGCAGGGGCACGCAAGGAGGUGGCCGCGAAGUUCCCUCCCGAGGUGCUCCGCCUAGUUCACCGCCAGGCCGAGUCGGUUGGGGAUAAGUUGUCCCACGAGGUUGGCGGCCAUGGAGAGGAGGCCACGACUGACUCCACGACGCCUCGACUCCCGGAGGAGCUGAUACAGAUGAUUCAAGACCACGUGAAGGAUGACGACACGCUGAUGAGUGAGGAGGAGGCCCGGAAGCAUCGGCUCGCUUUGAUGGCCGAGCGGUCGCGGUACCAUGCCAAUGCGAUCACUUUCUGGAGCGAAACUACGUAUAACUUCUGCGAGCAUUGAAAACAAAGCCAUGAGUGCUUUCUGUUCCGCUCGUCGAGGGUAGGAUGCUGAAAGGCGUCUGCUUGGGAGACCAAUACCGAGAGAGGGGGGUAUAUCUGGGCCAGUCAGAGAGCGACAAAAUGUUACAUAUAUACAAUCUACACAAGCCCACAAAUACAGAGAGCUCCACACGAUAUAGCAAUUUCGCUGAAUCAGAUACACUCG